AUACAAUGGCCUUCUUUGGUGUAAAAAUAACACGAGGAUAGCAGUUUGCCAACCAUUAGAAACCAUAAUUGGAUGGAUUCCUGAAGAGUGAAGACAGAGGAGCCGUCCAGAAAAGAAAGCAAUUAAUGAAAGCCGAGAGGAACUCCGCGCUGUCGCCAUCUGAGACGAUCACCAUGGCUCCACGUAUUUUCCACGGGACUCCACUGGCACUGAUGAUUUCGGUCCAAUAGUCAUUGUUAUACUAUCGUUUUACACAACCAGCCAGCCAUACUUUUGUUUCCUCGUCUUGUUUGUAGUGGCAUCCUCGGCCUCUCUUCGGCCUGUUGAAGAGGCCAGCCACCUGAUUAUUCUCCUUCUGGAUGCCGGAUGCCAUUACUAUUAUUAUUAUUAUUGCUUCGCUCGCGUUGGAGCUUCAAUUUCAAGGCUCUGUUCCUCGAGGACUAGAGAACGGCGAUUGAUUAGGUUGAAGAGCAGAUCAAAGGCACGUUCUCUGGGGUUUGGGUUAUGUUUGUGAAAAUGUCGUCUGCCUCUUGGUUCACAUCUUUUUCAUGUUCGAGCUCUGUGAUACAGUCUUCGGAGGCGGCGGCUAUUUCACCCAUUUUCCAAUGGUUAAGAUUCAUCUUCCUAUCGCCAUGUCCUCAAAGGGCUCUCUUAUCUUCAGUCGAUAUCCUGUUUUUGUUGGCUCUCUUUAUCUUAUUGAUUCAAAAACUAUAUUCCAGAUUCGCUUCCGGUGGUCACCCCAAUCCGGAUGCGAACAAACCUCUACUUAGAAACCAAAGAACCGUUCUUCGAAGUACUUUGUGGUUUAAGCUGUCUCUGACUGCAACUGUUCUAUUAGCAAUAGUCUACACAGUUUUAUGCAUUCUGGCCUUUGUUAGACGUAGCCAGUUGCAGGAGAAGCUUGUGGACGGCCUAUUUUGGUUAAUUCAAGCAAUAACUCAUGUGGUGGUUACUGUAUUAAUUGUCCAUGAAAAAAGAUUUGAAGCUGUUACCCAUCCUUUAUCGCUUCGAAUUUACUGGGUUGCCAACUUCAUCAUCAGUAGUUUGUUCUUUGCUUCUGGUAUUAUCCGGGUAAUCUGUCUCGAGCAACCAGAUCCUCAUUUGAGACUGGAUGAUGUGACUUCAUUUGUCACUUAUACGCUAUCAAUUUUACUUCUUAUUGUUGCAAUAAGAGGAACAACUGGAAUAACAGUGACAAGAGAAUCAGAAUCGGUGCCAGAUGCAGAAGAUGAACUCUAUGAACCCCUAGCGGGCAAAUCCAAUGUAACUGGCUUUGCUAAGGCUUCUAUCAUCUCGAAGACCUUUUGGCUUUGGAUGAAUCCCCUACUGAGUAAAGGUUAUAAAACUCCUCUCAAAGCUGAUGAUAUCCCUACCCUUUCACCAGAUCACAGAGCUGAAAGAAUGUCUCAGCUCUUUGAACGGAACUGGCCAAAGCCUAGUGAAAAAUCAAAGCACCCUGUUAGGACCACAUUGCUUCGGUGCUUCUGGAAGGAAAUUGCCUUCACUGCCUUCCUUGCAAUCGUGAGGCUGUGUGUCAUGUACGUGGGGCCUGUUUUGAUCCAAGCAUUCGUUGAUUUCACCUCUGGGAAGAGCAGCUCCCCCUUUGAAGGAUACUACCUUGUAAUGACUCUUCUCAUUGCCAAAUUUGUCGAGGUUUUGACCUCGCACCAAUUUAAUUUCAAUUCUCAAAAGCUUGGGAUGCUCAUCCGGUCCACGCUGGUUACUUCAUUAUACCGGAAGGGCCUGAGGCUGUCAUGUUCGGCAAGACAGGCACAUGGGGUUGGACAAAUUGUAAAUUACAUGGCUGUAGAUGCUCAGCAGCUCUCUGAUAUGAUGCUACAGCUACAUUCCAUAUGGCUUAUGCCGCUGCAAGUUACUGUUGCCUUAGUACUUCUAGCUCGUUACCUUGGCGCUGCAACAAUUACAGCUCUAGUUGGACUUCUAGCAAUUUUGUUGUUUGUUGUGUUGGGUACGCGUCGGAACAACAAGUUCCAAUACAAUGUGAUGAAAAACCGGGAUUCACGGAUGAAGGCAACAAAUGAGAUGCUCAAUAACAUGCGCGUAAUCAAGUUUCAGGCUUGGGAAGACCACUUCAACAAGAGAAUAAACUCUUUCCGUGAAUCAGAAUUUGGGUGGCUAACCAAGUUCAUGUACUCUGUAUCAGGAAAUAUCAUCGUUAUGUGGAGCACUCCAUUACUUGUAUCUUCCAUCACGUUUGGGACUGCAAUCCUAUUGGGGCUUACACUUGAUGCAGGGACAGUGUUCACAGCGACAACACUCUUUAGGAUCCUCCAGGAGCCAAUCAGGACUUUCCCGCAGUCUAUGAUCUCAUUGUCACAAGCAAUGAUCUCACUUGGAAGGUUGGACAAGUAUAUGAUAAGUAAGGAGCUUGUUGAUGAGGCGGUGGAGAGAGAGGAAGGGUGCGGUGGCAGAAUUGCGGUGGAGGUGAAAGAUGGAGCCUUUAGCUGGGAUGAUGAAAAUGGGGAACCUGUGGUAAAAAAUUUAAAUUUGGAGAUCAAAAAGGGAGAGCUUGCAGCUAUUGUUGGCACUGUUGGAUCAGGGAAAUCUUCCCUCCUGGCAUCAAUUCUUGGCGAGAUGCACAAGAUAUCAGGGAAGGUCAAGGUUUGUGGAACAACUGCCUACGUUGCACAAACGUCAUGGAUCCAAAAUGGAACCAUUCAAGAGAACAUUCUUUUUGGUUUACCAAUGGACGGAGAGAGGUACAGGGAAGUCCUGAGGGUCUGUUGCUUGGAGAAAGAUUUGGAAAUGAUGGAGUAUGGGGAUCAGACUGAAAUUGGGGAGCGUGGCAUCAAUCUCAGUGGUGGGCAGAAGCAGAGGAUACAACUUGCUAGAGCUGUUUAUCAGGAUUGUGAUAUCUAUCUGCUUGAUGAUGUGUUCAGCGCAGUUGAUGCUCAUACUGGAUCUGAAAUAUUCAAGGAAUGUGUCAGGGGUGCCCUCAAAGAUAAGACCAUUCUACUUGUGACUCACCAAGUUGAUUUCUUGCACAAUAUUGAUGUUAUCUUGGUCAUGCGAGCUGGGAUGGUUGUGCAAUCAGGAAAGUACAAUGAUAUUCUAGAAUCUGGUGUGGAUUUCAAAGCAUUGGUGACUGCUCAUGAAACAUCCAUGGAACUUGUAGAAGUGGAAACUGGCAUGUCCAACGAAAAUGAUCCCAAACCACAAAAAGUUGACCGGACAUUUUCUGAGCAUGGGGAAGCAAAUGGAGAAGACAAAGCUGUAGAACACUCCAAAUCUGAUAAGGGUUCCUCUAAACUCAUUAAAGAAGAGGAGCGAGAAACUGGCCGGGUUGGAGCACACGUUUACAAACAAUAUUGCACUGAGGCUUUUGGGUGGUGGGGUGUAUCAUUGGUGUUGAUAAUCUCACUAAUGUGGCAAUCAUCUCUAAUGGCUGGUGAUUAUUGGUUGGCAUAUGAAACUUCAGAGGAACGUGCAUUGUCAUUCAACGCAUCUCUUUUCAUUAGUGUGUAUUCGGGUAUUGCAGCAAUUUCAGUGGUGUUGAUAUUGAUAAGGUCCAUUUUUGUCACGGUUUUUGGGCUUAAAACUGCUCAAAGCUUCUUCAAACAAAUCAUUUACAGCAUUCUGCAUGCUCCUAUGUCAUUCUUUGACACUACACCAUCCGGAAGAAUACUUAGUCGGGCAUCAACUGAUCAGACCAACAUUGAUGUAUUCCUGCCCUUUUUUUUAAGCAUUACUAUUUCAAUGUACAUCACGGUGCUCAGCAUCAUCAUCAUCACGUGCCAGUAUGCUUGGCCAACAAUAUUCUUCUUAGUUCCGCUUGCUUGGCUUAAUUUAUGGUACCGGGGAUACUAUCUUGCAACAUCUCGUGAACUAACUCGACUAGAUUCCAUUACCAAGGCACCUGUUAUUCAUCACUUCUCAGAGAGCAUCUCUGGUGUUAUGACAAUUCGCUGUUUCAGAAGGCAGGGAAUGUUCACCCAGGAGAAUAUCAACCGAGUGAAUGCAAAUUUACGUAUGGAUUUCCAUAAUAAUGGAUCUAACGAGUGGUUGGGCUGCCGUCUGGAAUUGAUUGGGAGCUUCAUCUUCUGCGUCUCUGCAAUGUUCUUGAUCUUGUUGCCCAGAAGCAUCAUAAGGCCAGAGAAUGUCGGAUUAACUCUCUCGUAUGGCAUGUCCCUGAAUGGUGUACUAUUCUGGGCCAUAUACAUGAGCUGCUUUGUGGAAAAUAAAAUGGUUUCUGUUGAAAGGAUAAAACAAUUCACAAAUAUUCCAUCUGAAGCUGAAUGGAAGAAAAAAGAUUGUCUUCCCUCUCUAGAUUGGCCUAACCGUGGGAAUGUUGAGCUCAGAGACCUCCAGGUCAGAUAUCGUCCAAAUACUCCUCUGGUUCUUAAAGGCAUUACGCUAAACAUUCAAGGUGGAGAGAAGAUUGGCGUGGUUGGCCGAACAGGGAGUGGAAAGUCGACGCUGAUCCAGGUGUUCUUUAGGUUGGUGGAGCCUUCGGGCGGGAAAAUUAUCAUUGACGAGAUUGACAUAUCCAUCCUCGGUCUUCACGAUCUUCGUUCUCGCUUUGGAAUCAUUCCUCAAGAACCUGUCCUUUUCGAAGGAACUGUGAGAAGCAACAUUGAUCCAAUCGGCCUGUAUUCGGAAGAAGAGAUCUGGAAGAGCCUCGAGCGAUGCCAGCUCAAGGAUGUGGUGGCUGGAAAACCCGGAAAACUUGAUUCUUUAGUUGUUGAUAACGGAGACAAUUGGAGCGUCGGCCAGAGGCAACUUCUCUGCUUGGGACGGGUAAUGCUGAAGCGCAGCCGGCUCUUGUUCAUGGACGAGGCGACAGCUUCCGUUGAUUCACAAACCGACGCUGUGAUUCAAAAGAUCAUCCGAGAGGAUUUCGCCGCCUGCACAAUCAUCAGCAUCGCACACAGAAUUCCGACGGUGAUGGACUGCGACAGAGUCUUAGUCGUAGAUGCAGGACGGGCGAAGGAGUUCGACCGGCCAUCUCGCUUGCUGGAGAGGACGUCGCUGUUUGGGGCACUGGUUCAGGAGUACGCGAAUCGAUCAUCUGGCCUCUGAGAUAACUGUGCUGUUCGCAUAAUUGUCGUAUAAUUGGGGUUGUACUAAUCACUUAAGCGUCAGGAUUUAGGAAGAUUGAAGUAUAAUGCAAUUAAUUAAUCAGAUACUAAUACUGAGCUUAGCUUUAUUCUGAUGCAUUUAUACGUUAAGAUUAUAUAUGCCUAUCUUUUUUA